AGACUUGUAUUUCAUCUAUUUUAUUUGAGUUACAUCCUUGGUAUAAGCAUGAGCCUAUAUUAACUCCCAUCAAAGCGUUAUCUUCGCUUCAAGAACCUCCAUUGAUGAAGCUUCAGAGAGAAACCAAAUUAGAGCUCCAUAGCCAAAUUCAACAAGCACACACAGUCUAUGUGUUCUUGUUUGACUCCAACACAUUCUCACAUAGUGUUUGUGUGUGUUCUUGUUUGUCUGCAAUACAUACAUAGUGUUUAUGUGUGUAUGAAUUUUUGGUCUUCUUUUUGGGAAAAAAGUGAGGUUUUUUUUGGAGCUGUGAUACGUUUGAAGAACAGAAAUGAAGAGAUCAACGAGACCCAUAUCGAGUCCAGGAAGAACAGAGAAGUUUCCACCGCCAUUGAUGAGGUUUCUAAGAAGCAACGUGGGAAGCAAGAGCAGCAGCAGAGGAAGAAGAUCACGUGCCAGCCCUAUGUUCAUUAAGAAGAAAAAUACAGUUAUCGAGACAACUCAAGAACCAUCUUCCCCUAAAGUCACGUGCAUCGGCCAAGUCCGUGUCAGACGCUCCAAGAAAAACAAGACCACCACCACCACAUCCAUCACCAGAACCACCAUCCGCCACCCAAGUAACCGCCUUUGCGGAUGCCUAAGAAAACUCAAACCCAAAUGGUGCCGUAGCGUUUUGCGCAAAUGGGUCUCGUUUUUCCGAUGUGGGUACUGCAAAAACUCAAGAGAUUUACAUGAUUCACCACCGGUGACUCCGAGAAGUUUGUACCAGAACGCCGCCGGCGACAAUGGCGAAGAAGACGAACACGUGACUGUAGAAGCUGAUAAUCGGGGUUUGAUUUCACGACCACCGCCGCGAAAUGCGUUUUUGCUAACAAGAUGCAGAUCUGCUCCGUACAGAUCUUCUUCCUUAGCAAGUAAAUUUUGGGAAUCAACAAUGGAGAAAACAGAAGAGGAAGAAGUUGCAGAAAAGAUUAAAAAAUUGAGUAUUAAAGAAGAAGAAGAAGCAGCAGAAGAAGAAAUUGCGAAUGAUAAUGGAGUAAAUGAAAGUAAAUGUAAUGAAUGCAAUGGAGUUGAAGAAUUGAAGAACAUUAAAGUAACGCCAUUGAUUCUGACCAGGUGUAAAUCAGAACCUGCAAGAACAUGGGAUCAGAUUAUUGUAUGA